AAACUUCCUAACGCUCUUUCACGCCGUGCGACAAACAUCAUGUCUUCUUCAGAUAGGUCAUGCUCUGGUGACCUGGUCCAUCUGUAAUUUCUGGAUCUUGUUGUUCUGCCAUCGUGUUCUCGAGUCAAAGAUGCAAUGGUUUUAUGGAUCUGCUGCAUCUUUAUAUAGUCAUUGGAAAAACAUGGUAGACGUGUUUUCUACAAUUUCCAAUGGAUAAUUUAGGCGAUAUUGACGUUGAUUCGGACGCUCUCGAACGGAUUCUAGCUAAAUGGGAGGACCAAAGCAAGGAAUCCAUCAUUUCUGAGUUGUGCGAAGACUUUAGAGAAGCGGAGUUGGACGUUAUACGACAAAGAUUCUUUGAUGUAAGUGUUACCGUUCUUACUGAAAAAUGUGAUUCACAAUUUGGACCUAUUGCACAAAGGAAUAAGGAUCAAAUUCCAUGUAGUCUGAAACUAAUCCGUCGUAAGGAUAAGGAUACUAAACUCCGAAAUAUAUGCGGGGAUAUUUACGAUCUUCAUGUUUAUGUCUAUGGAAUAAGAGACGGUUAUCCGAAAUCUGUAUUGGGCACAACGAGUUUCAUACCUGAUCUCAAAGUGGCUUCAAAUGUGCAAAAUCAAGAUGUGGUAACAUCCGCAAAUGCAAUCAUCGAAUUGAAACGUCAAUUACGAGAGAUGUCAGCUAAGCAAAGCGAGUGCGAGAAAGACUUGGCUGAUUUUAAGAAGAAACACGAUAGUGAAAUUUCGAAGCUAAAGAAAGACAUUUCGUUGUUAGAGGACAUUGUACAGAGUUUAUUAUUUAGGGUCAACUGUACCAUGGGCUUUCAACGAAAGCCCAUGACUGUACCAAAGGGGAAAUAG